AUGAAGCUCUUCAUGUGCUUCGGCGGUGCGGCGGCAGCAGCGGCCGUGAUCGACGACGAAGCGGCCGAGGUGGCAUCCAGACACCUGCAGGGCCAGCGUCGUGGCCGCCAGAGCCUGUCGUUCCGGAGGAAGUUCCUGCCCGGUUACAAGGGCGGCAACGAGAAGAAACCGUCGGCGGCGCAACCGCUGGCCGAGUCAAAGAAGCGGGGGAUGGACGCAGACGCCGACGUCGUCUACGGCGUGUCCAGGGCGUCGUCGGUGGCGUCCUCGGCGCUGCUGAGCUCCGCGUCGUCGCUGGACUCGGACACAUCAUCGGCAUCGUCGGCGUCGUCUCGCUCCUCCACCGCCUCGUCCUCGCCGUCGGUCUCGGGGGUGCUUUAUCCGCCGCCGGUCAAGCGGCAGGCGGAUAGUAAUAAGAUGCCCGCGUCGUCGUCCCCGGCGGCGGGCGCGGCGGCCGUGGUGCUGUGCCUCCUCAUGGUGGUGUUCUGCGGACGGGUCGGGGCCACGCUGCUCACGUCCACGGCGCUCUACCUCUUCCCCCGGCGGUGGCCCGCCAGGACGACGCGUAAGGAGAAGAGGGGCGCCGUCGACUCGCUGGAGUGUGACGCCGCCGCUUCGGCAAGCGAGGACGAGGAAGUGGAGACGGCGAAGAGGAAGGUGGUUAUGGAGGGGUCCUUGGUGAGGAACCGCAACAAGUGA